AGCUCUCUUUCGGGCCCCCCCGGUUCUGGGUGAAAGAACGAGGUUACCAAAAUGCCAGCAGACACGAUGGAAAAACCCACCGCCUCGCCGAUUGCCGGAGCGCCGGCCAGCUCCAGCCAAACCCCGGAUAAGCCCAAGAGCGCCAGCGAACACCGAAAGUCCUCUAAACCAAUCAUGGAGAAGAGACGGAGGGCCCGGAUUAAUGAAAGCCUGGGCCAGCUCAAGACACUCAUCCUGGAUGCGCUGAAGAAAGAUAGCUCCAGGCAUUCCAAGCUAGAGAAAGCAGAUAUCUUGGAAAUGACAGUGAAACAUCUGAGGAAUCUUCAAAGAGCCCAGAUGACAGCUGCUCUGAGUGCUGAUCCUACCGUCUUGGGCAAAUACCGAGCUGGAUUUAAUGAGUGUAUGAAUGAGGUCACUCGUUUCCUCUCCACCUGCGAAGGGGUGAACACAGAGGUCCGCAGCCGGCUCUUGGGCCACCUUUCAAGUUGCCUGGGUCAGAUUGUGGCCAUGAACUACCCACCGCCGCCACCGCCACCACCUCCCCCUCAGGCCACCGGCGGACCGCCUGCCCAUUUGGGACAACCCUUGCAUAUCCAGUUGCCAGGCCCAGCAGCUGCAGCUGGAGCCAUGCCUGGGCCAUGCAAACUUAACCCCAGUGACGCUUUGUCCCCCAAAGUCUACGGGGGCUUCCAGCUGGUACCGGCGACCGAUGGUCAGUUCGCUUUCCUCAUCCCUAGCCCAUCCUUCCCGCCGAACGCUGGACCAGUGGUUCCACUCUAUGCCAACACAAACAUGCCUGUCUCCUGCAACAGUUCCACAGCAACUCCUUCGGUAUCACCGGUGCAAGGGCUCACAUCUUUUGGGGGCAGCUUAGCGCCCCUUUCUCAAGCAGGGGGAGAACGAGGAGAACGUCAUGAGACUGUCUGGAGACCUUGGUGACUUCCCUCUCCCGCCCUUCCCACACACGAACAAAAAAUCCCUGACUGUUUUCAACAUUGGUUCCGUUGUAUGGAACCUGGAUCUCUAUAGUUUAUUUUGUUGGCUGAAUUCCUUCACCUUCUCCCC